CUCCUUUUCUUUUCUCUUCCUUAGCCUCAAAACCAUGGAACGAAUCUAUAUUGCAAGGCAUGGGUUUCGCCUGAAUUGGAUCAACACCAAUUGGAAGAGCGAGACGGGACUAGCCAGAGAUCCUCCUUUGGCUGCGUAUGGUUUGACUCAAGCACAAGAGCUCGCCGACUACUUCACGACCCUUCCCGAGGACGAAAGACCGACGGCCAUUUUCUCGUCUCCAUACUACCGUUGCCUCCAAACCGCUCAACCAACUGCAAAGGCCCUUAACCUACCCAUCCACGUCGAACAUGGAAUUGCCGAAUGGUACUCGCCCGUCGUAUCCGAUAGCAAUCUGCUCCAUCCUCGACCGGGAUCGGCUGAAUCGCUUCAAAGUUACUUUCCUGAAGUCGACACCAAGAUCUGGACCACCCCAGUUUGGUACCCUUCCCGCAAAGGAGAAUCGGUGGAAGAGGUUCAUGCUCGCGUUGACGGGUUCCUGACCGCGUUUGGAACUGUCCUCUCUAAAGUGAAAGAGAUCGACGGGAGACGACCUCUCUUGAUCACUCACGCCGCAACCGCUAUCGUCCUGGUGCGCAGUCUGACAGGAGACCGUAGGUUGCCUCUCAAGGUUGGCUGCUGCAGCCUGAGUGAAUUGCACCCUAAACCCGACGUGAAGAGCGUCUCUCCUCUGGGUUCAUAUUAUGGCGUCAAGCUCGCUGACGGAUCUCAUAUGAAGGGAGGAUCGUCCAGGGAAUGGGGUUUCGAUGAUAUCGAGAUCGAAGAGGGUCGGGUUGUCGAAGAUCCAGGUGAACCGGGGACAGAGAACGAAGAGGACUUCCCUGUCGGGUCACAAUUACAACUCCUCAGCUACCUCUAGACGAAUUUACAUCCGGACCUUCUGGGGGGUGCUACUGUACAUUCGAUUCUGCUUUAUCUCAUUCCUUGUACACAAUCUAGAAUUUG